AUGGAACAAGAUGUUAUAAAUUUGAAAAACCAUACUACUCAAUAUAAAGUACUGAAAGAUGAAGAGAUAAAACAAAAAGCCCUGAAGACAUAUAUGGAUAGCGAUGAGUAUAAAAAAGAAGUUGAAGCAAAUGUAAAGGCAGAAAAACUUUUACAGUUGCAAAACCAAACCGUACAGUAUGAAAACUUAGCACAAGAAAGUAAAAAUAACGACGCAGCCAUGCAAAAGGCAAUGAAAAGCGCAGAAUAUAUAAAAGCUAACAAUGACUGGUUAGAUGCCCAAGCCAACGCUAAAGCAGCCCAACUUAUAGGGUCAAUAAGGACAAAAAUACAAGCGGAUGAAGACAGUUCAAAUGAAGCUUUAACAAAUGCUGACUUUAAGAACGCCUUCGAAGCUCUUCAUAGUAAGGUGAAACAAGUGAACGACUUCUCAUCUGGAAAGAAACUGAAGUCUGAAGGUUUCGACAAAGAGUUAAAAGAAGUAGCACAAAAUAUGACGAAAAUAACAGAUGCAGCAACGAGACAGGCAGUUCAAAGUGCCUAUGACGCCGUUAGAGCAACUGUUGUGAAAAGUCAAGAAAAAGAGUUACAACAGACCAAAACAGACCUAGUAAAUGCUUUCUUAAAAACGAAAAGUCAGGUAGGACAUUACGCUGCAGAUGGAACAUAUGUGCCAGCUGGUGGAACUUAUAUACCACCAAACCCUCCAAGAGAAGCACCUGCACCAGGACUACCUAAAACAUUUACAUCGUCACAUGGACACAGACAC